CGGAGCCAAUGGGGCUCGCUCUGGCGGCAGUUUGAAGCCCCUCAGCGGCGCGCGCGGCUCUGCCCAGCCCGGCCCGGUUCGGUUCGGUUUCGUUUCACUCGGGGCCGCCCCGGUCCCGCUUCCCCCGCCCGGAGCCAUGGACGUAACCGGGGGCUUCUUCGGCAAGCUGCGGGAUCUGGCCCUCACGGUGGAGAGGGAGUUGAAGCAGCUGGAGCGGGCCAUGCGCCGGGAGGACGCCGACUAUGAAGAUGAAUCUCCACUCACAGUCUUGCAUGACCUCUGUGGCGAAAUCAAGACUCAGAAGGAAGAUGUUAGUGCCAGUCUUGGUAAGAUUUGCUCUGAAAAAAAAGCAGUUAAUGAAUUUAUGAAGGCAAGUGAAAUCUUGAUGCAAAGAAAUGCAGCAGAUCUUGGAAAAAUAAGAGAGCUGUUCCAGAAAUAUGGCUACAAACCACAUGUCAAAGACUCUACAGAAGAGGAGGAUGAAGCUAACAGUGAAUCGGCAAUGUCUGCCCAGAAUAAAUCUGAUGAAGAAAAAGCAAAUGCUGUGCCUCAGUUCUCUGCUUCUGCAGAGAAGGCGGCGUUGCCCAAAGACCCGCUGCGCAACCCGCAGCUCUCUGACUUUGGUCUAUCGCAGUACGCCUUCUCCCGGCCCUGGAGCGCGCUGAAAGCGCAGCACACCUCGAGUGCCCGUCGGCUCAAGGCCAAGAGUGAGACUCCACUGAGACUGCAGACACCGCAGGCUUUGCCCAAAACACCAAAAUGUAAGCUGAAGAUGGAUGACUACGAGUGUGCGACACCGAAACUUGAGCACUUUGGCAUUAGUGAACACACCAUGUGUAUGAAUGAAGAUUAUACCAUGUCACUUAUUCAGAAAACUUCUCAGGCUAUCAAAAAGUUUGUUAAAAGAGGAGAUGAUAAUGGAGGGAAUUUGCCAGAAAUGACCAUCAAAGAAAUCAUGGUUACUCCUUCAUCAAAAUCAAGUAAGAGAGCUGAGAAUGCAGCAGCUGACUGGAUGGCUUCUCCUAUGGUAUUUGUGUUCUGUACUCCUGAUGUGAAGGACUCUUCCAAAACAAAUAAUACAGUAUUAUCAAGGUCACCAGAGACAAAGGAACUGCCCCUUCCCAGUCAUGCAGCAACACCACAGUGUCCAGAUUUUCAAACAAGAUGGCUAAAAGCAGAAGCUAAGCAGCAGGUAACACCAGGGGGAAAGCUUGAGUCAGUGACAAAGAAUGAUGCAAAAGAUGCACCAUACAAUGGAGAAAGAAUUCCUUUUGCUGCAAGCUCUGAUGGGUAUCUUAAACAUACUGGGGACCCUUCCCCGCCCAAACUGGAACACUAUGACCAUUUACUCAAUACUCCUCCACCUCCAGAAAUAACAAGGAUACCAGAUAAUGUUCUAAAGAUGCUUUCCCAAUAUAAUCAUAAGGUAGACUCUUCUAAAGCCAAGGAAAUGGAGACCAAGGCAGGAAAUACUACAAGAUAUGAAAGUGGUUCCACUGAUUACAGCAACAAAGAGAACAGAGGAUAUCGUGGAGUUUUCAAGACAAACAUCUGAAAUGAAACUGAAGACCAUGUUGAAACUUUCACAUUCAUGGAUCUUAUCACUAAAUCAUGACAAGUUCAAAGAGCAAAAGAAAAUACUGGUGGGAAGAAAGAGCCAUACCGAGAGCAGGCUUUUUUAAUGAGAACAAUUCUUUAUCCAUUAUGUGGAUAAACUUGUUUGAACUAACAGCUUGUGCUUAAUUCUCUAUUGACAUUAUUGGCAAA